UUUGUUAUUUUGCUGGAAUUCGCAGUUUAGUUUUUAGGGGAGUAUAUCUGAAAUUAAAGGAAGAAAUUUAGGAUAACAUUCGGGCUUUUAGAGUGUUAACAAGAAGUAGCUGCUAUGGAUCAGCCAAACGACUACUUUCGCUAUAUAUAUAGCUCUUCAUUGCAUGAAUUAAUUCAAAUAAAAGUGGGUACCUUGGAGGGUAAGAAACGACAGCCUGACUACGAAAAAUUGCUAGAAGAUCCAAUAUUACGAUUUUCCGGCCUCUACUCUGAGGAAUGUCCAUCAUUCCAAGUGCGAUUACAAAUUUUCAGUCAAGGACGGCCCUAUUGUUUGCCUGUCACUACAUCGUAUAAAUCGUUUACCAAACGCUGGAGUUGGAAUGAGUGGGUUACUCUGCCCUUGCAAUUCUCAGAUUUACCUCGCACUGCAAUGUUAGUCCUGACAAUACUCGAUUGUGCGGGAGCCGGCCAAACGACUGUGAUUGGUGGCACUUCUAUAUCAUUGUUCGGUAAGAAUGGUAUGUUUCGUCAAGGCAUGUACGAUUUGCGUGUGUGGUUGGGUGUGGAGGGUGAUGGAAAUUUUCCCUCCAAAACGCCCGGCAAAGGAAAGGAUUCCUCAAAGUCUCAAAUGCAACGUCUGGGUAAGCUGGCAAAGAAACAUCGCAAUGGACAAGUGCAGAAAGUGGAUUGGUUGGAUCGUUUAACAUUUCGUGAAAUCGAACUGAUCAAUGAAAAAGAGAAACGCAUGUCCGACUAUAUGUAUGUGAUGAUUGAGUUUCCUACAGUGGUGGUCGAUGAUUGUUAUAAUUAUUCCAUUGUUUACUUUGAACCGGAAGGAGAUAAGAACUAUAAAUUCCUAAGCAAACCAAAACUGGUAACUGUUCCUGAUUCGGAUAUCUUACAGGAAAAUCUUGUCGAAAGAAAACAUCAUCGCCUUGCUCGUUCAGUAAGAUCGCGAAUAUCAGAUCGUGAUGCCAAACCAACAGCUAGCAUACGCGAUCAGUUACACACCAUAGUCUAUCGGUAUCCACCUACUUGUGUUUUGAAUAGCGAAGAACAGGAUUUGCUGUGGAAAUUCCGCUUCUAUUUAAGCUCCCACAAAAAGGCUUUGACGAAAUUUCUAAAAUGCAUCAACUGGGAAACACCAGGGGAGGUGGAACAGGCUCUUAUACUUCUAAACAAAUGGGCCCCAAUGGAUGUCGAAGAUGCCUUGGAGUUGCUAAGUCCCAGCUUUAAGCAUCCGCAUGUUAGAAAAUAUGCCAUAAGUCGUCUGGCUCAAGCUCCCGAUGAGGAUCUGCUGUUGUAUCUAUUGCAGUUGGUGCAGGCUUUGAAAUAUGAAAAUUUUAGCGAUAUUAUGGAAUCGCAUAAGCGCUUCUUUCCCGAUCGUGAUAUAGUGCGUUCUUUAGAUGAUAAUUCUACGCUAUUCGAUCAAAGUUCAUUGUGUUCCGAAUUAAGCACUGGUGGUGGUGGCGGUGGAGGUGGGGCUGCAGGGGCCAUGGGUAGCACAUCAUCAGUUCUAACGGCCACCCAACGUAGUUCGAUACAGCGGCCGGGUGUACAAAUAGAACGUUCCACCACCAUGCCCAUGACUAUUUCAGUGAACUCCUCACUGGCCGAUGAUAAUGAGACAUCGAUUGGUUCCUUGCCUUCGGAUGUGUCCAACACACUGAUGAGCGAUAACAAUACAAAUGUUCAAUAUUCCACAAUGACAAAUGCAGCCUCAAAUCUAGCAACAUUCCUAAUACAGCGUGCCUGUAAUAAUCCCACCUUGGCCAAUUAUUUAUACUGGUAUCUGUCCAUUGAAGUCGAAGAUUGUGAGUCGGUGCGGAAACAGGAUGAGAGUGUACAUGAAAUGUACGACAUGGUAUUGAAGAUGUUUCUCAAGGUCUUGGAAAAUGGAAAUUUCAAUCUGCGCGGCAUUUUCUAUAAUCUACGGAAACAGCAACGUUUUAUCGAUGAGUUGGUGCGUUUGGUGAAAAUUGUGGCCAAAGAGCCAGGCAAUCGUAAUAAGAAGACAGAGAAGUUCCAAAAGUUAUUGGGUGAAACGGAUACAUUUAAGGUGGUCUUUACGAACUUGGAGCAAAUACCAUUUCCUUUGGAUCCGGAAAUUUAUAUAACCAAAAUAUUGCCAUCCAAAACGUCCCUGUUUAAGAGUGCAUUGAUGCCAGCUAAAUUGACUUUUGUGACAUCUAUAGCCCAACAUGAAUAUGUGGCCAUAUUCAAACAUGGCGAUGACUUGCGGCAGGAUCAGCUUAUAUUACAAAUGAUAACCUUAAUGGAUAAACUCUUACGACGCGAAAAUCUCGAUCUCAAAUUGACUCCCUACAAAGUGCUGGCCACUAGCUCCAAGCAUGGUUUCCUACAAUACAUUGACUCCUACACAGUAGCCGAUGUUUUAGCCAGAGAGGGUAGCAUAUUGAACUUCUUUCGAAAACACAAUCCUUGCGAUUCAGCACCAUAUGGCAUAUUGCCUGAAAUUAUGGAUACUUAUAUAAAGAGUUGUGCUGGUUAUUGUGUUAUCACAUAUCUUUUGGGUGUUGGCGAUAGGCAUUUGGAUAAUUUGCUUCUUACCACCAAUGGUAAACUUUUCCACAUCGAUUUUGGUUAUAUUCUCGGUAGAGAUCCCAAACCUAUGCCCCCACCCAUGAAGCUGAGCAAGGAAAUGGUCGAAGCAAUGGGUGGUGUUACCUCUGAGCUACAUCAUGAAUUCCGCAAGCAAUGCUAUACAGCCUUCUUGCAUUUGAGACGACAUGCCAAUGUGGUAUUGAAUCUCUUCUCACUGAUGGUGGAUGCCUCAGUACCCGAUAUAGCUUUGGAACCCGAUAAAGCGGUUAAAAAAGUCGAAGAUAACCUGCAAUUGGGCCUAACCGAUGAGGAAGCAGUGCAACAUUUACAAGGACUUUUGGAUAUAUCCAUAACAGCUGUAAUGCCAGCGUUGGUGGAACAAAUACACAAGUUAGCCCAAUAUUGGCGUAAAUAAAGCAGAAGAAAAGUAACACAUUACGAUUUACUAGUAUUUUAUGUUAUUGUUGUUUUAGAAUUUGUAAUUAAUUUUAAAUUUAAGUUGCAAUAAAUACAUAUGCCUAUUAA